GUGUGUGCGUGCGUGCGUGCGUGCGUGCGCGCGUGCGUCUUCCGCCUCCUCUGUGACGCGCGUCCGUGGAGCAGCUCCUCGCUUCACAUCAGACGGACGCGGGGCUGCGGGUGCGCACGGGCGGUGCGCGCGGGUCCAAAAAACAAAAAAACAAACCAAAAGAGACAAAAAGAAGCAAAAAGAGCAACUUUUCUGAAUGAAAGGAGGCUUUUGAGGGCGUAAAGUUUUUGAAGUCAGUGCGCGCGGUGACUUAUGGGAUUUAUUGUGUGUUGUCACAGAGGAGCCGGAGCGGAGCCGCGCAUGCACGAGCCCAUGCGGAGCUGAGGAGGUGCGAUCAAUGAAGCAGGAGAUCAUGGCGGAGGAGCCGCGCUGUAAGAGGAGAAAACAAGCCAAUCCCCGGAGGAAGAACGUGCUGAACUAUGAGAAUGUGGUGGAGACGGGCUCAGAGUCAGACGAGGAUGACAGGCCGUUGGUCCCGGAGGAGAACGGUUUGGCCAAUGGCGGCGGCGGAGAGGAGGACAAGGCGGGCAGUCCUGCAGGCGUGCCUGCUUUGGAGGCAUCGCCCCGCGUCGGCCACGCCCUGCUGUCCUACCGGGGCCAGAACAGGCCAGAGGGCAGGGAGGGCCAUCAGAGUCAUCAUCACCACGCCUGGGACCUAGGUGACAACGUACACGAGCGUCUCAACGGUACGGAUGACAGGAAGCAGGACUUUGAGGCUUUGGGUCUGGAGGACUCCACCUGUACAGUCAAGCGAGCAGAAGGCGUGUUGGAGUUGGACGAGUUCUUCCUCAAACGUAAACUGGAGGAAGGUGAAGGCCACCCGGCCGCCAUCGCCGAGUACCUGCAGCGCAGCGACACCGCCAUCAUUUACCCAGAAGCCCCAGAGGAAGUGACGCGACUGGGCACGCCCGAGGUCAUCGGCCAGGAUGAGAGCGAGCACGACCUGCCGGCCGGUGCACCCGAUGACUUCGCCCAGCUGCUGACGUGUCCGUACUGUGACCGCGGCUACAAGCGGCUGACCUCCCUGAAGGAACACAUCAAGUACCGCCACGAGAAGAACGAGGAGAGCUUCCCGUGCUCGCUGUGCGCCGAUACCUUCAGCCACCGCGUGCAGCUGGAGCGCCACAUGGUGACGCACAAACCGGCCCGAGACCAGCCACAGCUGCUGAACGAAGGCGCCGGAAACCGCAAGUUCAAGUGCAGCGAGUGUGGAAAAGCCUUCAAAUACAAACACCACCUGAAGGAGCAUCUGCGCAUCCACAGCGGUGAAAAACCGUACGAGUGUUCCAACUGCAAGAAGCGCUUCUCUCAUUCUGGAUCCUACAGCUCCCACAUCAGCAGCAAGAAGUGCAUCGGCCUGAUUGCCGUCAAUGGACGAGUGCGCAGCGGAAACAAGCCCAGCUCCUCCCCCAACUCCACCACCUCCUCACCUGGCAGCCCUGCGCUCGCCCAGCUCCGCCACAAAUUGGAAAACGGCCGACCACUAGUCCCACAAGACCAGCAAGGCCAGCUGGAUAUCAAAGUAGAGCCCAUGGACUUCAACGAGUACAGGCUGCUGAUGACCUCCCAGCACGGGUUUGGGGCACCAGGGGCCUACAUGAAUGGCUGUGGUGGAAAUCCCCUCGGAAUCCAGAGCUCCUCCCAGAGUCCACUACAUCACCUAGGAGGCAUGGGGCUCGACCUCCCCCUGCUGGGUUUUGCAGGCUCUCAUGGGAACAACAUGAAUGAAGUCAAGAAGGUACUGCAGAUCGUGGACAACACCGUGUGCAGGCAGAAGAUGGAUGCAAAUCCAGAGGAAAUCUCUAAACUCAGGGCCUACAUGAAGGAGCUCGGUGCCCAGAUGGAGGAGCAAAAUCUAGCGGGCUUCCAGGUGGUGGGCCACAGCAGCCCCACUAAGAGCAUCAUCGACUACACUCUGGAGAAGGUCAACGAGGCCAAGAGUCUGAUUGAUGAAUCUAAGAGGCAGGUGGACAUGAAGAAGGAGAAGCCAAACCACUCAGUGGACCUCAGCGGUGAGGACAAAUCCCAUGAGGGCCACGCCCAGUACCUGCCAUUUUCCUGCCAAUAUUGCAAAGAGACGUUCCCUGGGCCGAUCCCACUACAUCAGCAUGAGCGCUACCUUUGUAAAAUGAACGAGGAGAUCAAAGCAGUCCUGCAGCCCAGUGACAGCAGGGGGGCGCUGUUGUCAGAGCAGCAGACUGGAGUCCCACCCAGCACGGACAGGAGCUCCAGCAGCCCCGUCAAUCCAUUCAAGGACCACGUGUCGGUGCUCAAGGCCUACUUUGCCAUGAACACUGAACCUAACUCAGAGGAACUUCUCAAGAUUUCUAUUGCUGUAGGUCUUCCUCAAGAGUUUGUGAAGGAAUGGUUUGCUCAGUGGAAGAGCCAAAACCACCACGGAGGCAACCUGAGGAAAAAGUCGCCCCCCUCAGACCUCGGUGGGUCGGACGGCACCCGGAGCUUGAGCCGUUCACCGAUGUCCUCGUCCCAACUGUCUGUGACACUCCCCACCAUAGACUUCACUAACGGAGACGCCUCCCACAGACUUUCAAAGGCCAACCAGUUUACAGCCAGCAGGCAGAUAACAGGAGACAAACCACUGGAUUCACUGGACCACUUGAGGAGCAACACUCCAUCUCCCCUCAACCUUUCGUCUACAUCCUCCAAAAACUCUCAGAGCAGCUCUUACACUCCAAACAGCUUAGCCUCUGAGGACGCCCACGGGGACACACCGCUAGAUCUGUCCCUGCCCAAACACAUAGUCCAAAAGGCCACAUCCGUCGGAGAGAAGCGACCCAGACCCAAUGGUUUCAUCUCUGUCUGCAACGGUGAGCUGCAGGGCCGGGAACACGGACCUGGGCCCUUAGAUUUGGCCAACAUCAAGAAAGAGGUCCUGGGUUCUGAUGGGAACAUGGGAGGGAACCCCAUCCACCAGCUGGAGAAAAGCACUAGUCCCAUUUUUGGGAUCAACCCCUUCACUGGUGGUCCGAUAUACACCUCCCUGCCCCCUCAUGGAGCGUUUCCUCCACCUCCCUUUAUGUCUCCUGCACAAGCCUCCAUCCCGGGCCUCAGGCCCUACCCGGGCCUGGACCCUGUCAGUUUCCUGCCCCACAUGGCCUACACCUACGCCACAGGGGCCACGUUUGCUGAGAUGCAACAAAGGCGAAAGUACCAACGGAAAUCAGGCUUCCAGGGGGAGCUGCUGGACGGGACGGCGGACUAUCUGUCAGGCCUGGACGACCUGACAGACAGCGACUCGCUCCUCUCCAGGAAGAAGAUUAAGAAGACUGAAAGUGGUAUGUACGCGUGUGACUUGUGCGACAAAACAUUCCAGAAGACCAGUUCCCUCCUAAGACACAAAUAUGAGCACACAGGUAAGCGGCCUCACCAGUGUCAGAUCUGUAAGAAGGCCUUCAAACACAAGCACCACCUCAUCGAGCACUCGCGCCUGCACUCCGGCGAGAAGCCGUACCAGUGCGACAAGUGCGGCAAGCGCUUCUCGCACUCGGGUUCCUACUCGCAGCACAUGAACCACCGCUACUCCUACUGCAAAAGAGAGGCCGAGGAGAGGGAGGCCGCUGAGAGGGAUGCGCGGGACAAAGGCGGCGGUGUGGGCGGCGCCCUGGAGCCCACGGAGCUGCUCAUGAGGAGGGCCUACCUGCAGGGCCUGGGACCUCUGGGUUACUCCGACCUCGAUGACCAGCAGGACGAUAACAGCGGGGGAACCAUCCUGAGGGACGGCAUGGAACCCAGAGGAGGCGCCAUGAGGGGGCGAGAGACGGAAGUGGACAAAGUGUACGAGGAGGUGACAGACGGACAAGAGGAAAGUUUCAGGGAAGGAGAAGAAGAAGAGGAAGAGGAGGAAGAAGAAGGCGACAGCAGAAGCCAGAUGGACUCGGGGAGGGACGACGGCGACGGGAAUGACGUGGUGCAUCUGAUGGACGAGAGUUCAAGAGAAGGGAAAACAGACAGCAAGUCGGACCAAGAGGACGCAAACUGACGUGGAAAAAAAAGACACAGAAAGCUUUCACUGAACACUCGUCAUGUUCACUUUUUUUCCUCAGCGAAAACGUGCUGUGCUUCACAAAGACGUGAUCACCAAGAUUUGUGACGAAAACAACCGGGGGCGAGACGGGACGGGACAUCUCCAAAUCCACAUUAUGCAAAAAGAAAAAAAAGUAAUAAUAAUGAUGAUGAUGAUGAAAUGAAGGUGUUUUUAAUGUACAGUGUUAAAGGCCUAAAAGCUGUGUGGUGCUAAAACGUUCUUAACUUUAUCGCGUGUUUUAUCGUUGUCACUUCUGCUAUUUUAAUCACUACAAAAAAUAACAGGAAAAAAAAACUCGCAACUUCCCAUCAGUGUUGUGUUUUGGUCUGCGUAUAGACUGCGGCAAUGGUCAUUUUUCCCGUGCAAAGCUAGCAACUCGCUAAUUGCCACACGCAAAUAUAUCCGCUAAGCUAAAUCACUGAGUCAAACCAUUAACGUCUCCUGGUUGUUACGUAUUAUUGGAAAACAAUUUGGACACAAAGUAAACAAGCUGAGUUUCAAGCUAGCGACACAUUAACAAGCAACUUUGGUCAGUUUAGGAAGCUGUUCAAUGUGUUAGGCUAGGCUAGCUGCCGCCAUGGCUGCCUGGGGGAUAACACUUAGUGAAAGGGGCGGAGCUUGUAUGGUCCAACCGGGUCUGUAAACUCUUCAGAUUUUGGGAGUUGAUUUGAAGAGGAUUCUUAAAACUCAGUUUGUGGUGUGCGACAUGGCGAGCUAACAGGCUAGCUGCCUCCAGUUUUUGAUCACAAACGUUUGACAAAAUUGAUCGCUAAUUUCUGCAGAGGACUGAGAUCUGCUUCAACAAUGUUCACGCGACCCAAACUGUGACGUCUGCUGACUUUCUUUGAUUUCAAAACUUUUUUUUUCAAACCGCACGACUUUGGGCCUCGUGAUUUUCUUGAUGAGAAAUUCAAACCUGUGUGAGUCUUAAAUGUGGACGGUGAAUCUGAAAGGGCUCUGUUUUUAAGAAUAAAUAUGUAACAGAGCAUUUUGUGUGUUUUAUUUUCUCCAGAGAAAGCCUUAUAUGCAAAUCCCACCUGUGCGUUUCUGCAAAGUGCCAUCCUUGUACAGUGUAAAUCACCCGCGUUAUCUCUGCUCCAACCUCAGUAUUAAAAUUAAUAUUUCAUCUUGUUUUCUGGACGUACUUUUGUCAGUAUUAGUGUAGCUAGGCGUCGGUUUGUUAGUUUACAUAUGUUUGUGCAAUUUUUCUGUAUUUUUCCACAAGCUUUUUGUCAGUAUUACCUUAUUUUGUUGAAUUUUCCAACACAAAAUUCAUUUUAGUUUUUAUUUUAAAAAUUUACCAUUUUAUUUAUGUGACUCAUUUUAUAUUUCCUAAUUUUAUUUAUUUCAUACUGUAGUGUACAGUAUUAUAGUUCCUCAGAAAUAGAUAUAUUUUAGUAAAAAUGAUUCUGUCAUUGACUUAUUGGAACAAAAUAUGAAUAGAGAACACUUAUUUGGAAAUUUUAAACAUUUUGUUUUAACUACUGGAAAUUCUAAAUUUGGGGAACUUUUGAUACAAUGAUGUGAAAACACUGUAUUUUUGAGAAUUUAAAAGAAAAUCCACUUUAUUCAUGCCGCUGAAGAGGUGAAGGACUUUUAAUGGUGAUGAUGAAAUUCCUGAAAUGUCUGAAGUAUUAUAAAAUUUUUAAUUUCUCUUGGAAAUGACCAUGCUCGAAUAAAUGUAGCCAAAUUAAAUUUUAAUAAAGCUGUGUUAUUCUUCUUGUA